UAUCGUGUGCGCUUGUGCAGGUUUAUUCUAUUCCAGGGGCGAGUGAGUGUUAUUAUAAGGCCUAGAAUUUAAUGCACCUGCAUUGAGCGAAAUACUACUUAUUGUACUGAAUUAUAUAUUGUAACAAAUGCUCAUUUGACGCGUUACUGGCAAAUAACACAAUCCGGAUAAAAAUGGCUGAAUUACCGAUGGGGAAAGGGGUCUCCGCAGGAAAAAUAGCAAGCAAUGUACAGAAAAAAAUUACCAGGGCUCAGGAAAAGGUUCUUCAAAAGCUUGGCAAGGCAGACGAGACUAAAGAUCUGGCAUUUGAAGAGGGUGUGAUCAACUUCAACAAACAGCUGGUUGAGGGUACCAAACUGCAGAAAGACCUGCGGGCCUAUUUGUCUGCUGUGAAAGCCAUGCAUGAGUCUUCUAAACAUCUGUACGAGUGCCUGGAUGACAUGUAUGAGCCUGACUGGUAUGGCAGAAAGGAUGUGGACUCUCUCUUUGAGGAUUCAGACAUCCUUUGGACAGACUUCCAUCAGAAACUUGUGGACCAUGCGCUUAUAUCCAUGGACACUUACCUGGGCCAGUUUCCUGACAUCAAAGUCCGUAUUGCAAAGCGUGACAGGAAGCUGGUGGACUAUGACAGUGCACGACACAACUAUGCUGCGGUAAACAAAGGCAAGAAAAAGGAGGGGAUCAAGAUCACCAAGCCAGCUUCCCUGCUGGAGAGGGCCGCCCCAGGCUGGGCACAGGGGAUCCUGUCUGCCCAUAACGUGGCUCAAACCAACCUCACCAGGAGUCAGGCAGAGGAAGAGCUGGAGAGGGCGCAGAAAGUGUUUGAGGAGAUUAAUAUAGAUUUGCAAGAGGAACUGCCAUCUCUGUGGAACAGUCGUGUUGGCUUUUAUGUGAAUACAUUCCAGAGUAUGGCUGGUCUGGAGGAGAAGUUUCACAAAGAAAUGGGAAAAAUUAAUCAGAAUCUGAAUGAUACGCUGGAGAAAUUAGAAAAUCAAGAUGUGUCCAGAAAAACAGGUAGCCAAGAGGUGAGGACAUCAACAGCCCAGAAGAGUGACCGAACACAAGAUGCCAAUCACACGUUGAGCCCAGGAGGACCUCCAGCCAUUCCCAAAUCUCCAUCCAAGUUAAAGCCAGCGGUUCCUCCACCUCCUAAAGUUACUCCAUCAAAGGAUAUGAAGCAGGAGAACAUUAUCAAUCUGUUUGGUGAGGCUGCCACUCCAAACAUCAGUGUCACUUCGCCAACACAGACUGCACAGGAAUGCACUGAGAGCACAGAGAGUGUAGAGAUGCCAGAAUCCUUCCUAUUUAAAGUGAAAACAGUGCAUGACUACAAUGCUACUGACUCCGAUGAGUUAGAGUUGAAGGCAGGAGAUGUGGUGCUGGUAGUGAGCUAUGGAAACCCAGAAGAGCAGGAUGAAGGGUGGCUGAUGGGAGUCAGAGAGUCCGACUGGAGUCAGAAUAAAGAUCUUGGGAAAAAAGGAGUCUUUCCUGAAAACUUCACCCAGAGGAUGUGAGAGCCUGUGAUCCGCUUGAUCUGUUGUUAACCCUUCUAUAUAACUCCUUAUUGCUUCCCUUAAUAAAGCAGACAAGAAACACUGUACUAGACCAACACAUGCACAGCCACAGGCAAGCUGCUGGUUAUGUUUGUGAAAGUUGUUGACAGGUCAGUAUUUGCAUUGUUUUGGGUGUCCUCACUGUGACUCAUAUUUGUCAUGGUGCAAGUAUAAGAAGAUUGGAUCAACCUUUGACAAAAUAAAUGAUAUUCUGUUAACUAGUAACAUACCCAGAGUAAGUCCUUGCUAUAAAUGUUUUUAGACUAGCUACUCUUAACCAUGUCCCGUUUUGUGUGGAAAUGUUUUAAAGUCAUAUCCCAAAUGAGCUCACAAGUCUCUAUAGUCUAAUAGUGAGCACUACUUGAGCUGCAUGAUCUAUAUAGUUAUGUCACAGUCGGAAGCAAACAGUAUUUCUUUUUUUAAAAAAGUGAAUAAUAUUCCUCUCUCAAUGCUGGAAUACACUACAUGACUUUUAAAAUCUGAACAGAUUUUAAAACACUAGGCAUUAUGCACUUGCAGACUUUGUGAAUGGUUACAGAGGAAAAACUGGGCAUCAAACACUGAAUGACUGAGAAUCACACACUGUCAGACUUUCAAGUUGUUCCAAAGACAACAAACUCAUUGUUUCUAGGAGACGCAUGACAAAUGAAAACAAUCCAUGUUCUAAAAUCUGCUCAAAAUAUCAAACGUUUAAUAUCCUCUAAAUGGAUGGAAUCACAGGCUGAAUCUAAAACAACAGAGUAUGUGCCCAUUAUACUCUAUUCGAUUUUCUGUAAAAUCUGUCAGCUCCUACUACCCGAAAUCUGCAGACUGGCUCUGACUUUCAGCAACUAGUGCCGACUCCUCCAAAUCGGGGCAAGAAUCUGUACAACAGUUGUGUAGAGUAUUCCAGCCUUCAGUUACAUAAUCCUACAGUUUUAACAGCUGAGCGCUCCUUCAUGCAAACGGAGUUUGACUGCUCAGAGUCAAACAUCUACCAGCACCAUUUCUGCAUGUUUAAAUCAGGAACAAACGAAAAAGUUCAAAAUCGUUAAAGGAGUAUUUAAUGCUUCUCAUUAACAAACAAAAAACAUAUGCACUCGUCCCAUAUGCAGUUUUUGUUGACACUAAUGAGGCUGACAUUUUUAACCCCAGACUUGCUCAGGUUAUAUUUAUAUGAACCUGUGUGCUGUCUUUCACCCUUAGCUUUACACAGUAUUACUGUCUACCAAUUUGUUUUCUUUCUUUUUGAUGAAGCCAUUUCAGAUUUUAAUAUGUAAUUAAUAUUGUAAUUCACUGUGUAAAUGGAGUCAUGUACACGUACUUGUCUCGGCCAUUAAGUAAAAUACAGUUUUACUCAGUGAAGGAGAAUUUCUGUCCUUCUUAAUUAACAUGAAAUGCAAUAAUCUCUGCACAGAUUUUUAUUUCUUUAUGAACUGUAUUCAUAGACAUGUCGGAAAUAUUGGAUAUUGGCAUUUUGUGAUUUGAAAGUGGAUAUUAACGCUCGCUUGUGUGCGUUUUAAUCCAGUACAACAUUCAAAAGUGAUUCAGAAUAUGCAUUAUACGAAUUCAGUCCUCUUACAUUGUAAUUAUAGUUUUAUUUUUGUACAUUGUGAGACAAAUGAGAGUUAAAAUGAUUCUAUCUAUGUGCCAUGAACACUGGCUUUUAACUGGGGUCUUUCUCAGUGAUGUAUAGCUACUCUUGUCUUUUCAUGUUUGGAUCAAAACGGACCAUCAUAGCAGCAAGAGCAAAGCAGGUUUAGUGAGGAUAUGAGCUUUUAUAAGCACUGAACUCACACUGAUAUUGAUUCCCCAGUCAUCUGUUGUGCUGAAUGAGAACUUCACUUGCUUUUUGUUUGGUUUGCUUGCUACCCCUGAUCUCUCGCUAACUAGACAUGUCAUGUGACCCAAGCUUGGAGGGAGUUCUUGCCACGCUUCACCAGUUUUGAAGCAAGUGUGUGUGUUUGCGUGCUUGGUUUUUGUAUCCUGUACUGAGAAAUCAAUGUGAUCUGUAUAGAGACUGAUCACUGAGUUAUUUAAGCUGCCAAUGCAUCUUUAAUGACCUCUCGCGCAAGCUCUUAAUUAAAUCGGAAGUCCUCGUGGGUGGACAAACGCUUCCUCUUCAUGUAUUUGAGCGCAGUUACGAUAUUUGCUUGUGUUGUUGCAUUUGUAGCCGUGAUCAUUGUGUAGUUUUGUUGAGUUUUGUCACUAACAAUACAAAUUCUCUGAGCAUAUCUAUACCUGUAAUUAGUGGGAAUGUGAAAGGUGCAUGCUUAAAUCCAUGAGCAGUGUGUCUGUGUAGUGACUUGAUGUUUUCUUGCUGAGGUGGCCUGGGAGACCAGGGCCACUUUACGCUAAUAUAAGCCAUGAGUGUAGUCAUUCUACAGUCCUGUAUCCUGCUGACUCACCAAUGCUAAUAAAGUCCUGUCAUAUUUCA